AUGCUGGUGUGCGGUCUCCUUGGAGUAGCCGCCUUCGUCCACGUGUGCCUCUCACCUCACAGCAGCUGCAGGACUACUACGGUCGCCGUCAGGGUCGCGCCUCUGGAGCUCGGGGCUCUGCCGCUGGAGGUACUUCUGCUGACGUCACUGGAGCUGGGAGUGGUGCUGGUUCUUUGCCUGCUGGAGGUGCUGAUCCUGUGCUUGAGGAGACUGGGGGUGCUGUGCCUUGGGGUACCUGUGCGUGAGGAGCCUGGGGGUGCUGAGUCUGAGGGUGCGGCGCCUGAGGGUACUGCGCUUGCUGUUGCGCAGUCUCCUUGGAGUGGCCGCCUUCGUCCGCGGACACCUCUCACCGCACAGCAGCUGCACGACUGGUACGGUCGCCGUCAGGGUGCUCGUGGAGGUACUUCUGCUGAUGUUACUGGAGAUCGGAGUGGUGCUGGUACUUUGUUUGCUGGAGGUGCUGCGUCUGGGGGUGUUGCUACUGGAAACACUGAGGCUGGAGACCCUGGGACUGGAGGUGCCGGUUCUGGGGGUGCUGCUGCUGGUGGAGCUGGCGCUGGAGGUUCUGGCGCUGCUGGGGGUACUGGAGCUGCUGGAGGUACUGGAGCUGCUGGAGGUGCUGGAGCUGCUGGUGCUGGUGGCACUACACCGACACGACUGUUCUUCGCUCCGCCGUCUCCGUCGUCUCAGCCACCGCCUGACUUAGUGCUUCGCCAGGUUCUUAGCCGCCCGUCUUCUACAGGUCUUCCGUUACUGCCUGGCUCACUACUGCCUGCUCCGUCUCCUUACAUUGAGCAGACAGGGAGUCUUGCUGCGCGUCGUGAGCCUGCGUCGUGUCCUGUCUCGCCUGUUCGUUCUGGUCGUCGUGUUCCUCGUCCGCGUCCGCCGGCUGUCCCCGGCACGCACCUCGUAGUCCGUCGUCCUUCCUCUUCUCCGCAGCCUGUUCCUCUGCCGUCCCCCCCUGCGUCCUCUCUGCCUGACUUUCUGGACCGUGCGUGUGACCGGUUUCAUGCUGCACACCCUACCGUCACGUGUCUGGUAGCCACUGUUGUCACUGACCCAUCGUUUGAGUCUGCUGCUGCGUCUGCCUUGGUUGCUGAGCUUGUUGACUUUGCUGCUGCCUGUCAUCUAGACUACGCUUCCAGUCUUAUUGUUGAGUCUGAGUCUGUCUGUCCUCCGACCGUCGGGGGUGAGUGUGCUCUUAGCACGGACGUCCUUGAGGACAGGCACGAGGACCUUGAGUGUCUUGCGGCUGCUGCGCCUCAUCUUGUGGCCAUGCUGCUUGCCCCUGAGGGAGACCCGGAUGCACCAGACAUCCCAACCCCGCGCUCUUACGCUGAGGCGAUCGCGGGUGAGUACUCCUCUCAGUGGCAGACAGCCAUGGACACAGAGAUGGCAUCCUGGAAGUCCACAGGCACUUACAUCGAUGAGGUUCCCCCUCCUGGGGUGAACAUCGUCGAUGGCAUGUGGAUUUUCAGGAUGAAGCGGCCGUCGGGUUCUCCGCCUGUCUUCAAGGCUCGUUAUAUGACCACUCUUCGGGUGCUGCUGCACGUUGCCGCUCAGCGUGACUACGAGCUUCACUCUCUUGACUUCAGCACAGCCUUCUUACAGGGCAGCCUGCACGAGGAGAUCUGGCUGCGCCGCCCACCUGGCUUCACUGGGUCGUUCCCUCCUGGUACCCAGUGGAGCCUCCGACGGCCAGUCUACGGUCUCCGCCAGGCGCCUCGUGAGUGGCACGACACACUGAGGACUACACUUGCGGCUCUUGGGUUCGCUCCUUCGACUGCUGACCCGUCGCUGUUUCUGCGCACCGACACUUCGCUGCCGCCGUUCUACAUCCUCGUGUACGUCGACGACUUGGUCUUUGCCACUGCUGACACUGAGGCUCUCGCUCAGGUGAAGUCGGAGCUGUAG